CGCUGUUUGCGCCGGGCACCUCCACGUCACGUGAGAGCGGGACGCGCGGCCGGGAUUUGGCUGCGCGUCGCUGCGGGGGGAGACGCACCCCACGCCUGACCUUUGCCCCAUCUCCCUUCCCCACACGGCGGGGUGGUUGCGGGUUGGGGGGGGUUCUUGGUUUGCGGGAGGCGCUUGUUUGCUCGCUGCCCCCUUUUCUUUUCCCUGCGUUGCGGGGGGGAAAAGGUGGAGCCUGGGGCCACCGCUGCAGGUGCUGCAUGGCUGCCGGCACCCUCGCACCCUUCCCUGGGCCCCCUUCCACCUCCCUGCAUGAAUUCCCUUAUGCCUCCCAAACCAACGCCCGCGUCGCCCAGGAUUCUCCGACCGGUGGGGUCCCGCCGGCUAUGGAUUUGGUGUUGGGAGCGGCGGCCGGUUGCUUGGCGUGCGUCCUCACCAACCCGCUGGAGGUGGUGAAGACGCGGCUGCAGCUGCAGGGUGAGCUGCAGCCCCCCGGCACUUACCCCCGGCACUACCGCGGGGUGCUGCGGGCGGCGGGCGCCGUGUGCCGCGCCGACGGGCUGCGGGGGCUGCAGAAGGGCCUGGCCGCUGGCCUCCUCUACCAGGGCUUGAUGAACGGAGUCCGGUUUUAUUGCUAUUCCCACGCCGAGGAUGCCGGCUGGACCGGGUAUCCCGGGGGCACCGUGGCUGCCGGGGCCGUGGCCGGGGCGGUGGGAGCCUUCGUGGGCAGCCCCGCGUACCUGGUGAAGACCCACCUGCAAGCGCAGACGCAGGCGGCCGUGGCCGUGGGCCACCAACACAACCACGAGAGCAUCUCCGGCGCUUUCAAGAGCAUCUACCGGCAGCACGGGGUGGUGGGGCUGUGGCGAGGGGUGACGGGGGCUGUGCCCCGCGUGGCCGUGGGCUCGGCCGCACAGCUCGCCACCUUCGCCUCCGCCAAGGAUUGGGUCUGCGAGCGCCAGUGGUUCGGGGAGGGCAGCUGGGCGGCGGUGCUGGCAGGAGGCAUGGUGAGCGGCGUGGCGGUGGCGGUGACGAUGACGCCUUUCGACGUGAUCAGCACGCGGCUCUACAACCAGCCGGUGGAGGCCGACGGCACGGGCAAGCUCUACCGGGGUUUUUUGGACUGCAUCCUGCAAAUCUCCAGCAAAGAGGGGCUGCUGGGCUUGUACAAGGGCAUCGGCGCCGUGUACCUCCGCCUCGGCCCCCACACCGUCCUCAGCCUCUUCUUUUGGGACGAGCUCAGGAAGAUGGUGCAGCACCGGCAGCCGCCGGGGCCGUAGGAUGUGACCCCGGCUUCGCCACUGCCAUUAAUAAAAGGGGUUUUUCUA